UUAUUUUCUGUGUACCUAUAUUUUCAGUGUGGGUUACUGACGUGUAAAACGAAGUGGUCGGCUUUCUAGCAGGAUUUUAUAAAAUGGCACUUCUUCGUUGCUUCUCCUGCCUUGCGAAGGAAAAUGAUGAAAUUAUUUUAGAACUAGAUUUUAGCAAUAAUGCGCUAACCGAUAUCUUCCCUAAUAUUUGGCAGCAUGAGAGAACAUUAGAAGAACUCUAUUUGAGUUCGGCACACAUAAAAAGCCUUCCGCCUGAACUUUUUUAUUGUCAGAAUCUACGUGUUUUGGUAGUGAAUAACAAUAAUUUAGAAUCAAUUCCGAAUGCUAUUUCUGCACUACGGCAGUUACAAACACUAAAUUUAAGUCGAAAUUCAAUUUCCACUGUCCCGGACAAUAUGAAAUCGUGUAAAAACUUAACGCAUUUAGAUUUGAGCUGUAAUAAUUUAAGGCGCCUUCCUAACGCGUUAAGCAGCCUUAUUACCCUAAAAGAAUUAUUUUUAAACGAAACGUAUUUGGAAUUUUUGCCAGCAAAUUUUGGUCGUUUGAUUAAUUUGGAAGUCCUUGAGUUACGGCUAAACAACCUUAUCACAUUACCAAGGUCUAUGGCGCGUCUGACAAAUCUUUUGCGACUUGAUAUAGGAUAUAACGAGUUUACUGAUCUGCCGGAAGUAGUUGGUGAAUUGAAACAACUGCGUGAACUGUGGAUAGAUUUUAACCAAAUUAAUCGAGUUUCGGCUAGUGUUGGCAAAUUGCGUGAUCUUUUACAUUUCGAUGGCGCUGGCAAUAACAUUAGUAUACUUCCAAUGGACAUGUGUAAUUGGCGGAACAUUGAGAUGUUGUCCUUGUGCGGAAAUAAUUUAAGUAGAUUUCCAUUUAGUCUUGGCUCGUUGAAGUCUCUAGUUACAUUGAAAUGCGAAUCGAACAAUGUGCGACAAUUACCUGAUAGCAUUUCUAAUUUGGAACAUAUUGAAGAGCUGGAACUCAGUCACAACAAUCUUACCUGUUUACCAACUACAAUAGGAAUGUUGCGGAAGUUACGUUACCUCUUUGUCGAUGACAAUGACCUUAUUUCUUUACCAGAUGAAAUAUGCAGCUGCAGCGAAUUAAGGAUUUUGAGCAUAAGCAGAAACAAGAUAUCCGAGUUGUCAAAAAGUACCGGCCGACUUACUAAUCUUAGAGUUCUUAAUAUAGUAAAUAAUCGAAUAUCCUCACUACCUCUAUCUGUCCUGAACCUAACGAAUUUAACGUCAUUGUGGAUAAGUGAUAACCAGUCACAACCUCUCGUGCCUUUACAAUAUCUGGAUAUCAAUACAAAACUAGAACUAACUUGUUUUAUGCUACCGCAAGUAAGCAAAUGUAUGAGUACAUUCAAUUAUGAAACCCGCUCACCAAGUUUUUCUAAUGAACCUCAUACUUUCAAACGAUCAAUAGAAAAUAUUGAAUAUGAUAAUUCUUACCGACAUGAGUCCCAGGCAAAUAACUCUUAUCCAUUACGUCGAAUCUGUUUUGCAGAAAAGGCAAUUAUUAUGAGUGCUCCACCGAAAGAAGUAUUGCCUCGCAGCUUCGAAAUUGUUAGCGAUACGACGAACAACCAAGAAGCAAACACUAUUCAAAAUAUUAGUGUUUCAAAAAAUAACUUAUCAUAUAAUGAUGUCGGGGAUGGGAGUAUGCGCUUAAUGCGCUCUCCUACACCGUAUCCGAAAGAAUUACGCUUGUUGGCUAAGUAUAUUCGCAACGAUCGAAGACCGUAUGGAUCGGAGCUGUUAAGAGUACAAGAGGCACGCGUGCUUUUUAGUAGUGACAACUGCAAUUCAUAUAGCUUAAUUGAAAAUAUGGGAACAGAUGUACUGAAUAUAGAUGAUUCAUCAGUACUAGCUGACAAUAGUAAUGUAACGAGAAAUCAUCAUCAAAUGGAUCACAAUACCAAUGGCCUUACACAGUUCGAGUCAGUCUCUGAAAGCGAUCCACAAGAAUCUAGUUACUUAACCUCAUUACCAAAUCAGCGUUCACAAUGCCACUUAACUUCUAACUUGGAUGACGUGAGUAAUAACUUAGCAGUCACUCUACUUAAACCUCCUCCAUAUGACAUUGCUCGCAUAUUUACAAGGAAGACUGCUAAGGAUCUGAUAAAUUAUGAAAUAAUACGGUAUCACCAGCAAUUUAUCCAUGAAAACUCCAAUCAUAAUGAAGGAAAAGAAAUUGGACAACAUCCUGAGGAACAAAUACUAAGUAAGCAUAAUUUAAAUAGUCACGACAACCUUGUGAAUCAGUACAGAAAUUUAUAUAACCGCCGAGGAAACCUACAUCAGUUCAAAGACCUUGAAGAAUCUGCUGAGCAGCAAAAUGAGACGGAUAGAAAACUUCACUCACUUUCGUAUCCAUCUACCAGCACUGCACCAAAUGAUUCCAUUCUAACCACUGAAAGUAUUAUUACAAUGGAUAAUAAAAAUAUUAAAUACACGCUUCAAAAACCUCUUUUAAAAAAAAAACCUUGGUUGUUCGGAGUACAUAAAAAUCCAACUGUGAUACAAGUUUCUUUGAAAUGGGAUGAUCACGUUGGUUUUGACAUAGAGGAAUUACCUCAUAAGUUUUGAGGCUUGGAAAUGGAAUACCCAUGAGGCAAAAUACAACAUUUUCGACACUGGCUCGUUUUUGCUUUUUAUCGGGGUCAAAAAACUGCUUAAGCAGCGCGGGACAUUUGCGACGUGUAUGGAGAAGGUGCUAUAGUAGAGUCUACAGCACGUAAACGGUUUGCACAGUUCAAAAAAUGACGGCUUUGUCAUCGAUGGCACGUCCCGCAGCGAAAGGCCUUUUGACUUCGAUGAAGAAGCCGUGAGUUGACGGAAAAAAUGAGCUACGAUCAUAAAACGAUUCUCAAUGGCCUUCAUUUAGUGGGAUUUACCGAAAAAUUGGGAGCCUGGGUGUCUCACAAGCUCAACGGAGAAAACAAAGAAAGUCGCCUUCAAACUGCUUCUCAGCAUCUCGCCCGCUAACGAGCAACGCGCGGUCUUAAAUAGCGCUGUUUAUACCGAAGUGUCACGAGAGAUGAGAAAUUGUGCCUAUACACCAAUAUGAAGAGAAGAAAGAAGUGGGUGGCUCCAAGAGAUACGCGAAAGCCUAGAGUUCAGCCGGAUCUUCCUCCAAAGAAGAAUGGUGGGACUGGGAGGGCAUGGUGUACUGGAAAAUGCUCGAAAAGAAUGCCACACUACGAACUUAUUCCUCAACCCAAAAUGUUUUAUCUUCAAUCGCAGUUUUCAAGUCCUUGGCUAUGUUUAAGUGUAAUCCGUUAGCGAAGAUCCUUCUCGCACGGGAGCCUCAUCAUAAAAAGAAAUUAAUUCCGCUCAACUCGUGGAAAUUUGAUUUUGAAAUCGUUUGUCCUGCCAACAACAAUGAAGUCCAUCCAUUCUCUUAAAAUGGAUUCAUAUUUAAUCGCUGUACAGAACUUUUGACCACCCUUCGCGUCAAAUACUCUUCGCAGUUUAGUUGUUUAUGGCUUAAUGAACGUCACCUAUUUACCGCUAUCCGUUGUGGUAAAUAAAUGAGCAUUUAUCUUUUUAAGAAGAUUAUAAAUUAAAAUAACGCUACUAUUUUAUCUAUUUGUAUAUACAGUCCGGUUCACUUGAUCAUUAUUGAAGUGAAUCAAACUAUUGAAGUGAACCAAAAAAUCAAGCACAGUAUUACCAGAGAAUGUUAAUGCAAUGAGAAGGUGCAAAUGUUACUGUGAGCUUUUUUUAGUACAAUUGAGAUUUGAAAGAUUUGUAAUAAGGUCAUUUAGCACACCGAGUUUAUAGACACCUCACUGACUUUUGCCCACACAAAAAUUAGAAACACCACACAUUUUUCACCUCAACACACAACACAUUUCUCACCUCGACAUUAAACCAAUUAAAUUUUUACUAUUUUCGUAUUUUUGAAAUAAUAAGCGAAUACGUAAAAUUUAUUACAUAAUUUUUUUUUUCAAUUACAUUAAAAAAAAAAACGAUUUAAAAAUAAAAAUUUAUAAAAAAAAGUUUGCGCCGGGAAUUGAACUCGAGUCUAACAUGUGGCGAGGAAAAAUAGGCGGUGCGUUUAUUUCUUCGAAUGCUUAUUUUUUGACCAUUUUGUUACUUUUGAAAUGAUAAGCGGAUUCAUAAAAUGUAUUACAAAUUUUUUUACGAUUACAUUAAAAAAAAAAACGAUUUAAAAAAAAAAAUUUAUAAAAAAAAGUUUGCGCCGGGAAUUGAACUCGAGUCUAACAUGUGGCGAGGAAAAAUAGGCGGUGCGUUUAUUUCUUCGACUGCUUUUUUUUUGUCCAUUUUGUUACUUUUGAAAUGAUAAGCGGAUACAUAAAAUGUAUUAAAAAUUUUUUUACGAUUACAUUAAAAAAAAAAAAAUUUAAAAACGAAAAAAAAAAUUUGUGCCGAGAAUUGAUGGCGAGUCACGUGGGGAGGAUAAAUACGCAGAGCGUUUAUUUCUGCGCCUGUGAACAAAAGGUUUUGUGCAUGCGCGCGACGCGAAUAAAUUUUAAUAAAGUUCUGAAAGUAAUUCAUGAAGUUUUUCAUUACACACAUAUGUACAUAAAUGAACGUAUACUUUAUAUGUAAAUAAAUGAUGGUACAUGAAAUAUACAUAAGUACAUAAUAUGUAUGUACAUGUCAAUAGGAGGUAUUUGCAUUCAGAAAAAAAGAACGGUUUAAGAUAAAUCAACACUUAUUUUAUAUUGUAUGUCAAUUUAUAGUUUAUGUAUUCGACAGCAUUUACAUAUAUUACAUAUGUAUGUAUGUACAUUUGUAUAUGAAAAACAAUAAUGCACAAGCGCAAGAACAUCAUAUCACAUAUGCAAGUAUGCCCAAAUAACCUUGACUUAUGUAUGAACCUCAUGUCAUACCACAUCACAUUCUUACAAGAAAUCAAAUACACAUACGCACUAGUGAACGAGUUUCUUCCUAACAAGUGCAAAAACAAUUCUGCUCUAUGUAUGCAUAUAUACCGAGUUUAUGUCCUAGCAUAUAUACAUACAUACAUAUAUACCUACUUGCCUUCUAAACUUCCUACAAAAUAAUUGUAUUCAUAUGUUACUACAUCCAUGCACGUUCAUACAUUCAAGCAUACAUAUACAUAUGCGCGAGCACAGCGCUCCCUUCUUGCUUCCGUGUACUUUUGUCUUUCACCAGUCGAUAUUCCUAGUAUUGUACUUACAAAAACACAAUACUUUGAUAGACGCAAAAGCAACAGCAAGCACAACGCGAUGGCCGCUUUGCCACCACACAUUCUAAAAUGUUCUAGAACACAACAAAAACACAUACAUACCUCACAUGCGCAUGUCGCCCAAAGCUAAAAUCGAAGCCUAGCGACUACAAAAACAAAAUACAUUCGUAGACGCAGUCGCAGCGGCCAUGAUUCUAUCAGCGACGGCGCUGAACAAUUUAGAACAAAAACAAAAAGUUCAUUCAUAAGUUAGAGCUCAUAUUUCAAUUUCAUUCAUAAAACGAGCCGCCCAUAUGCCAAUUUUCGCGACCAUUCGAAAAUAGUCAAUAUUGGAAUAUUUCGCGUGGAAUUAUUUGCCAAUAUUUGAUAAAUCUUAAAUUUUUGUCAUGUCGAGUGGCCGCGGCUCCGUAUGUAUGUAUGCACCCUUAUAUGUAUGUAAAUAUGUCUUCUAACUGUGCGACAGUCGCGAGUUAAUGCGACUUCCAGCGAAUCAGUUAAAUUUAAGGCAAAUUUAUAUUAUCUCCUUCAAAAUUUGACCCGUCUGAAGCAACACACAUGUGCCAACGUUUAACCCAGUCCUCCAAACACCCCCGGCAGGCCGAUUUGUAUUCUCUUUGAUCAGUGCGAUGGCGCGUUAUCAUCAUGCAAAAUCUGAGAAUUGUUUGCUCACAUUUCCGGGGGUUUCCAACACACAGCAUCUCUCUAAGGUUUCAAAACGGAUAAAUAAUAUUCUCUAUUGACUGUCUGGCCCGAUGGAAGGUACUCAUGGUGGACUAUGCCUUGGCAAUCGAAGGAAACAGUCAACAUCACCUUCCCGGUUCUUUUUGCUCAUAGGGUAUACAUAUCCCAUCUUUUCACUGACGGACAAGAAGACGGUCGCAGUUGCUGUUUUUUAUAUGCAUACAUUUUGCGUUCGUUGAAGGUUUGUAUAUAUUUGUAUACAUAUGCGUGUAUGCGCGUUUGGCUUUCUGGAUGCAUCCAUGGAUAUUAGAAUAUUUUCUCAUCAAUAUGUGUAUGUAAGUAGUUCAGAUUUGACUGAAGAGAUUAAAUAUAGGAAUGCAUAUUCAUAUGAUUCCCUUUAUGGCUGUUUUACAUAUAAAUUAAUUCAAAAGAAGUAUGAAUAAUGUUAUAUAGAAAAUAAAUUUCUAAAUAACAGGUAUUAGAAAAACCUGAAUACACUAUUUUAAAUCAAUUCUAAUUAAAUCAAAUAUAAAAAAUGAAAUAAAAAUAUCGAACAAAAAACUGUGUACAGGAUUUGAACCUGAGUCAAACCUGAGACUAUGUACCGCAUACACAACACGUCUUUCACGAUUGCGUUAAUUUACAAUUACUAAUGAAGUUAUCUAAAUCACUCAUUUAUUCGAUUCGCACUUUUAUAUGCACAUAUUCUGCGUUAGUUGAAAGUUUGUAUACCUAAUUAUAUGCUUAUGCAUCUGUGUAUGCGCGUUUGGCUUUCUGGACGGAUAUUAGAAUGAUAUUUUCUCAUCAAUAUAAUUUGGAUUUGAUGAAAGAGAUUAACAUAUGUAUUAUACAUACUUUCUGUUUUGAUUGAUUUAUAUAAAAAUCAGAUCAUAUCCAGUAUGAACUAUUUUACACCGAAAAGAAAUUUGCAUUUAUGAAAUACAAAAAAAACAGUAUUUUAAAGAAAUUUUAAUUAAAUGUGCAAGAAAAAUAAAAUAUGACUUCAGGACUUGAACCUGAAUUAAAUAUGUGCCAAAAAACAAAACGAAUAAUUCCGCCGACUUUAGCUUCUGCACCACAAACUAACUGCCGCGCAGCCUUCUUAAUCGCAAAUUUAUUCGCUUCGAUUUCCUUAGUAGUGUGACGAAAAAUCUUAUGAACUUCCUCAGUAGUUUGGUAAACGCAGAAAAUAUCUGAAUUACUGUCCUAGCGUGGUAAGUAAAUAUAGAAACCCUCCACUCGCGUCACUCGCGUGGUAAAUAUCUGCAAUUCCCACCUCGUGAGGAAAGUUGAAUUUGAAAUUACCUUAUUAUGAAUCUAUAAAUAAGAACUCGAAGAAAGCUCAUUUAACAUUUGCUCCUUCUCAUUGCAUUAACAUUCUCUGGUAUUACAGCUGUUGAAGUUUUACUGCUGCGAAAUACCGUGAGAUGGUAUAAUGUAAUAUAAUACUUUGAUGCAUGCUUAUUUUCGAGCAAAGUACAAUCUUCACUCGAAUUAUCAGAAACCCUUGUGUUACUAGAUCAAAUACGGUUGCUUAAAUAACCAUAUUCUUCUAUAAAAAUUAUUGCAUCUAAUCAAGUGAACCGGGCUGUAUAUAUGUUACAUAAGUAUAUAUGUAUAUAUACAUUUUUUCAAAUAAGUACUGAAUUGGAGAUGUGUUUAUUAAAAACAAUCAGUCAUAUCUGAAGUAUCAUGUGAUACUGUUAUCCCUUAUUUCUUUUGGACUAUUAUAGGUAGGUAGGUAGGGUGGUUGUCUAAAGACACACUUAGACCUUUCGCAGGUCUUUUAUUAUAUUAUAUUACAUAUUGUAUAUAUUUUUUUCGAAAGUAUCGAUGAAACAAUUUAAAGUUAUGUUUGUUGUCACAGUGACAUUUUACACCAAAAAAAUCCUUUUGCUGUAUUUGCUUUGUUCCAUUCAGUUGUGAGUUACCGGGUGUUAACAAUGGAAGUCAACAAAGAGAAAAUUCGGUACAUGUUACAGUUUUUUUUCGAUAAAUGCGAAAAUGCGAGUCAAGCCGCUGAAAUUGUGAAUUGUGUUUAAGGUACCGAUACUGCAAUAAAUGAAGAAAACGUUGAUAAUGUCGAUAAAAUCACAGAAAUAAUCGAAGUUGACCGGCAUGUUAGUAGUACCUAAGCUUAGGUACCUAAGUUAUUUUGCUUUUCAUAUAACACAAAUAUCUAGUCGUUUUUUUUUUUUUAAUUUAAUUUCCAACCAUGUCAAAUAACAUGAACAGUAUAAUAAUAUGAACAAAUUGCGUAAAGCCCGAUUCGAAGCGCUUCCCGGUCACACAAAGUUCUUGCGAAUAACCUGGCUGCUGGACAUGUUCCAGGGUGGCAAGUGCAGUGUUGAGAUCCUAGAAAGCAUGUCAAGUGUAGAAUGAUAUUAUAUAUACUUAUAGAAUUAAUGCAACGGGUAGCGACAUCUUAACCCUCUAAUGCAUAGAAAAGAUUUUUCGAAGUAAAAUAACGUUUAAAAACUAAACUAAAUGUAGGUCAUGGAACUAUAAUCCAUUAUUAAUUUUGCCUUUAAUACCCGAGUUAGCCUUGUAACACUAAAAAAUUUAUGAAAUACAUUUUUUAUAUACAUUAAAAAUAUUUUUUUACAAUACAUUUCUCUAAUAAUUUUGCUACAUUGUAACACCUCUGUUAAGUAUAUAAGUACCUAAAAUCUUGAAAAUGUAAUGGCUUCUACUUACUUCACUUCUCACGUACAGCCGACAAAGAAGUAGGAAUAAGUAAGAGCUAUACAAAUUUAGAGUGUAUAUUUUUUUUGUAUUUCAUUAAUAAUCUUUGCAUACAUUCCACAACUCCUUUCCGUUACUUUUACACAAAUUCACUUAAUAGUAUUUUGUCGCCUAUUAUUAAGAUGUGGGGUUUUCUUGAUAUAUUUGUGUGCGGUUUUGCUUGAUUCAUAUGGCUUAAGCAGCUCACAACCCCCGGGACUUGCACAAACAUCCUCUGGGUAGAUUCCGAAAAUCCGUUCGAGGGCGAGCUAAUGUAAGAAGGCGAAGCAUUCCAGGAUAUCUGGUUGUGCGCUAGGUUUGGUACCCGCCGCAUGAAAAUCCUUCCCCAAUAAAAACGACAAUGCACGAGUAUUGGAGCAACAUUUCUCGUUCUCUACGUACCGCCGCCGAAGAAGAAAUCGGAUUCUGGCGAGCCCGAAAAUACAGUUGGUACGACGCGGAUUAAGAAGAAUCUGGUGCUGCGGACUACCAUGUUUCGGGCCCUGGCGAAGUCGAUCAGCCCGUGUCCGUUACCGGAUGUUUCGUUGUGCAGGCUGAAUUUUCCGACUGUGG